GAGGCGCAACUGUUCUUAGCCUUCUCGCAUAAAUAGCCCCCUUUGACCGACUUCGUGCUGAUCUUAAGUGAUUUCCUGAGACUCCUCCGUUGCUCAGCAUACGCUCAAAAUAUGGCAUCCUCUCCCAUGAAUAAAUAUUGGAUUCCGCAUCUUGACAUCCACAAGAAGGUCAUCACUCAGGAGCUCCAAUACUAUCUGGGGCCAGAUGCCACCGUUAGACCGUAUACCCGAGAAGGAGAGGACGGCUUCCUAAUCUCUACACCCGGGCCAUGCUUGACAGACGAACAGAUUGACGACAUCUGCUUGAAAUCGAAGGAGAUGUGGGAGAAGCAGGCCGCAGCGCGCUCGCAAUUGAAUCCCGAGAGACCGCUCAAGCGCCCAUUACACCAGCCAGUGUUAAUAUCAAAUGGAUCCGGGGAGAGUUCAAAGCGCCGCGGAAAAGAUCGAAGAAGUCAUAAUUCUCGGCGACCAUACGAUGACAAGAAAGGGGGCGAGAUGUCCCGGAAGUGAGGUUUUGCGAACUUGCAAACUGUCUGGGAUGCGGCAGAUCGCCGAUGUAACGCAAACGCGCCGUGAGACAGGCGGGAGCACAACGCAAAGGACUCGAGGGCAUGCGUCCCACCGCCGAGCGGGACUUUGGCG